GAUAAAUUUAGUUGUUAUGGUGCAUUCACAUACAACGCGAAGCGAGUGUUUUGCAUGGCACGAUUACAUACAAAGUCUCGAACAUGCAAACUCACUUAAUUUGUGUGAGAAAUCCACAUGACUCGUUGUCGUAAAAGCCUAUCAGCAUUGAGAUUGCCCGGACGUAGUAGCAGAAGAAAUCUGGAAAAAUUUAUGAAAAAAUUGUUGUAGCGGUUUGUGGACACCCGGAAUUGUAUGACACAGCAUAAUACAUGUACAGAGACCAGAUGAAAAAAGACAUCACUUUGAAGUGAGCGAGGAAGUUGGACUACCUGGUAAGUUCUGAAAAUAUGUGUGUCUACUUGAUUCCAGCUAUUGGUUGUACUUUAAUACGAACAAAGUUGUAGAAGCCCCUCCUCCUGUCCUUUUCCGGUAGAGAAGGGGGAAUACUGCGAAUGCACCAUAAGACAUCAGUCCACUUUCAUUUACACAGUUAUUUUUUGGAACCCAUUCAACCUAAAUAUUACAAUUUAUAAACAAAUGAUAAUAAUAUAUUAUAAUAGUAAUAUAUCUCAAUCGUGCACCUUUAACAUUUAAACCCUCACACUUUUAUUUUGACAUUCUAAAACAAACAAAAAAAGCCUAUAGUGGUGUUCUAAAUGCAUAUUAGAAGUGAACCAAACUAUUGAGCAUCUGAGACGUUGUUCUUGAGUAGUGCUCAAAUAUUGCACUCCGCUGUGAAGGCUAAAAAUAGCCACGCGUGUGUGUGUGUGUGUGUGUGUGUGUGUGUGUAUAAACAGCGCAGCGCCAUUCACUGACGUGCUGGAGCUGCUCGUGCAUUUUGUAUAUUUACUUAUUAAUCGCAGCCUUUUGUGAUUCACAGAGAUAUUGCACAUUUUAAGUGGCUUUUAAUAAAAUACACAAGUCAUAUGAACUACUUUAAUGGUUCAUUUAUGUCAUUUUUGGAGCUUGACCGUAACGAACAUGACUAACACACAGUAUCGGAUUUGGAUCGGACUCGUCGGACCGAUACCCGAUCCAUCUAAAAGCUUAAGUAUUGGAGCCGAUACCUGAUCGGUGCAUCCCUACACUGCUGGUAGGUCUGCUGGUAGCUGUGUGCAGCCAACAGCUGAGACACAUCCUGAAAAACUUUUUUGUUUUGCAUCAUUUUGUUCGUUGCUAACGAGAGGAUCGUCUACACCUGUUAUUGACCACCGUGUAGUUUUGCGCACAGCCAUUUCUUUUUACUAUUUGAAAGUCACCUGAAGGAAUGAUACUGCUAUCACUUUUGCUAAUUUUAAACUAGUGGGUUUAAUGUCACAGAUCCAGUGACUCUGGUAGUGACUAUUCUCUCUGACCAAUCAGUGAUCUGUAGAGUUUUGACGUCACAUUUAGGCUCAGCUCGCUUGGAACCUCGACCGAGUAGAAGUAGCAGGUUCUAUCCACAGUGGAAAACCCCCAAAAAGCAAGCAGAGUCGAGUAGAGCUAUAGUGCAGUGGAAAAGCCCAAAUAGAGAGGAGUGUGGUGAAAAUGUCCAGUUGUUUUGAAUGAGCAAACCUGUUCCCCCACCCCUUCCGGUGUGUCGAGGGGUGUGAGAAGUUGUUGGAGAGUGCAGCGGGUAUUGCUGUAUCCUCUGGAUGUAUCCAUGUUUCGGUCAGUGCGAGGAUGCUGAGGGUGGACUGUGUGGUGAAGACUGGAAUGAUGUCCGCUUUGUUCACAGCUGACUGGCAGUUCCAGAGUCCCACUGAAAAAGUGUGGAGCAGGUGCUGUUAUGCAGAUUGGCCGUAUGUUGUGUUGGUUGCAUUGUGUCUCGCAUAUUGUAGAAACUGUCUGUAAUGGGGAUGUGCUUGAGGGCACAUGUUAUUCGUGAAGUAAACCUAUUACAACCUCAAUUCUGAAAGUUGGGAUCGUAUGAAAAAUGCUAAUAAAAACAAAGUGAUUUUGAAAAUUAUAAUCAUGCUUUGCUGAAUUGAAGCACUACAACUACACAUGAUUGGUUUUUCACUGAUUUUUAAAAAUGUACAGUAAUUUCAAAUCUGAUAAUUGUAACACGCUCCAAAAAAGUUGGGACAGUUGAUUGUUUACCACUGUGAAACAUCACCAUUUGUUCUAAUAAUACUUAAGCAUUUGGGCACUGAAGACACAAGUUAAGUUUAGAAAGUGGAAUUUUCCCCCGUCAUCCAUUUAUAAAGGUCUUUAGCUGCACAAUUGUACAGGGUCUUUGAUGCCGUAUGGUGUACUUCAUAAUAAGCCACACAUUCUCAAUUUGAGACAGGUCAGGACUGUGAGCAGGCCAAUCUAGCACCCACACUCUCUGCAUACACAGCCAUGCACUAGAAAUCCGGGCAGUAUGUGGUUUGAAGUGCAAUGCAGAAAUGCAGGGACUUCCCUGGAAAAGACUGCUGAAUGGCUGUAAAUGUUGCUUCAAAAUUUUUACAUACCUGUCUGCAUUCAUGGGGCUCUCACAAAUGUGUGAAUGACCCAUGCCAUGGGCACUGACACACCCCUAGCCCAUAUAGACACCAUUUCCUCUUUGGCCUGGAUAACACAACGACUUCGUUUUUCAAAAACAUUUUGAAAUGUGGACUCUUCAGAUCAAAAAAACACAGUUCCACUGUUCUACUUUCCAUUUUAAGAUGAGACCGAACCCAGAGAAGUUGGCAGCGUUUCUGGACAGUGUUGCUGUAGGGCUUCUACUUUGCAAAGUAACUUGCAGCGGUGAAUUGUGUUGACUAAUUGAAAAAAAAUGUACUAAAGUAACCCCAAGGUGACGUUUAUGAUAUCCAUUACAGAUGAAUGCUAUUUUUUUAGACAGUGAUGUCUGAGGGAUCAGAGAUCAUGUGCAUUCAUAAGUGAUUUUCGUCUUGCCCUUUAGCAUCUUUCAUACUUUCCCAACUUUUCCGGAAUUGGGUUUGUUGAAUGUAGAAGGAAAAUAUAAGAGAAUAAAUACAAAUAAAAGAUACUUCAGUGUUAUGGUGAGUGGUGCCUUGAUGGUAUCGUUGCUCGAUGAACUCUUACAGGUAGACUCCCUUGUGUAAAGACCAGCAGCACUUUACACAAGCAGUGCUUUACACGAGGGCUACCACUUCCACUGCCGCAUUCACGUCAAAUAUAUACAUGCUGUUAAGUGAAAAGCUGGAUAAACGCAACAGUGCACCGCAAACAAUGCUAAACUUUAGCAAUAUAUAAUGCUCUAAAACAAGUAAAUCACUGUUUAUAGACCCACUAAAAACUACUAGUUUUACCCACAAUAGACAAACAAUUCUAAAUCUAGCAGUGAAUACCCUGGGACAAGUAAAACAUUUUUUACCAAACACGUUUAAGCAAUGCAAGUUCAACACUGUAAACAAACUGCUCAAGUCUAGCAAUGAAUACCACUCUACAACAAAGGAAAACCAUUAAAUAAACACACUUGCAUGCAACUGAAGACUCCUGUAGAUGGAUCGCUUCUCCUUGAAAGAGUUACAUUCCUAACCAUGUCAUCUAAUGAUUUAAUCAGAAAGAAUAUUAAUGUUCCUGGUAAUUGCUGUUCAAAAUGAGGAAAUCUGCUACCAAAAUAAUUUCAUUAAAAUCCAAGUUUGAGCCCACCCUGUUGUCAUUGUUUGACUCUUUAUCAUUGCUCUGAAUGUGUAUAAUUGAGUUUUGUUAGACAAUAUGUUGUGUCUGCAAUCCUUGUGUGUCAUAUUAGAUUGAAUCCAGUCUGAUAGUGACAACCAUUUUCUUCCACAGCCAACCGUGAACUGUGAGCCUGCGGAGGCCAGGCUGGACUAAUGACAAGCAUGACUUUGCACCAAAGCACAGAUGCAUGUACACGCUCUGAGUCCACCUGACUGCUACCACCCUCUGCUUCCUGGCUUUUGAAUCAGCCUAUCAGAGGGGUGGUGGAGGUGGGGCUUAGCUGGAGCCCACUCCUUUGCUGACCCUCUGAGUGAGACUGGUGCCUCCUGAUGGACCAGGGUGGUAGCGAGCAGCCUUGGGUGGAGGAGCCAGACUCUGGAGGUCGAGCAGAGCGGGAGGUGAGCAGGAGGGCAUCCGAGCCUGAUCACGGCUUGUCCAAAAUUACCCACAAUGCCUUGGAAAACAUGGGUGUGCUGGGCCAUGGUCUGAAGCAGUUCUUCCAACCUCAGCGCAGACGCUCGUCUGUCUCGCCGCACGACUCUGCCUCUUCCUCCACAGGCCCCAUCCCUGAGCCUCCCGAAGCGGGGCCAGAGUUUGGGGAAGCGCCAGCCCUUAUGGUCUGCGCCCCUAACUCUGACCUCCAUACUUCCGCACCCCCUGCAGCUCUGAGCCGUGUGCUGCAGCAGAUUCGAGGCCCCCCCAUAAUGAAGAGAGGGACCAGCCUGCAGAGCCGGCGCAUCAAGGCAGGGGGGGGAGGGGAGCCCCCCCAAAAAGGCAGCCCCCAGAUCCACAGGCGCAGCACCACGGAGACCUUGCUGCAGGCCGGACGGCCACGCUCCUCCUCCACCACAGAUACACCCAGCAGCCCGGCUUUGGCAGACAUGUUGCUGACUUCUGGGUACCACUCCACUGAGGAGACUGAACGGCAAGAUCGUUUGGAGGUGUCUGGCCUGGCCAUAUCUCCAAACGCUCUGUCAUGUAGUUCAGAUGGUGGUCAGUAUGGUGUGGAUUCAGUGGAUGGCACCCCUGACCCUCAGCGCACCAAGCAGGCCAUCGCCCAACUGCAGCAGAAAAUCCUCAAACUCACAGAGCAGAUCAAAAUAGAACAAACAGCAAGAGACGACAAUGUAGCAGAGUACCUGAAGCUGGCCAACAAUGCAGACAAACAGCAGAGCGCUCGAAUCAAGCAGGUGUUUGAAAAGAAGAACCAGAAGUCCGCACAGACCAUCCAGCAGCUACAGAGGAAGCUGGAACAUUACCACCGCAAGCUUAGAGAGGUGGAGCACAAUGGAAUACCACGCCAGCCCAAAGAUGUCCUGCGAGACAUGCACCAGGGUUUGAAAGGUGUGGGUGCCAAGGUGACUGGUGGCCUUUCCAGUUUCUCUCAGGCUACUCACUCCGCUGCAGGUGCAGUAGUUUCCAAACCCCGCGAGUUUGCCUCUCUUAUUCGCAACCGGUUUGGAAGCGCAGAUAAUAUCUCUGCCCUAAAAGACACUCUGGAUGAACAACAAGGGGAUGAACCUAUACCAAGUGCAGUGACAGCUGGCACCAGGACCCCAGGACCUGGGCAGCUUCAAUCCAGCCCAAAAUACGGGAGUGAGGAUGACUGCUCCAGCGCUACGUCAGGGUCAGCUGGUCCAAAUAGCACCUCUGGCGCUCCUGGAGGGCCUCCAAGCUCAAAGGGUAACACACUAGAGCAAGGCCAGAGCUCUGCUUUCGAUGCACUGCUGCAUGAGAUCCAGGAACUGAAGGACAACCAGAAUCGACUAGAAGAAUCAUUUGAAAACCUGAAGAGUCACUAUCAGAGGGAUUUUACAGAUAUUAUGCAGGCUCUGCAGGAGGAGAGAUACAGGUGUGAGCGUUUAGAAGAGCAGUUGAAUGAUCUAACAGAGCUGCAUCAAAAUGAAAUUCUCAACCUGAAGCAGGAGCUGGCCAGUAUGGAGGAGAAAAUCGCAUACCAGUCUUAUGAACGAGCCAGAGACAUUCAGGAGGCGCUCGAGGCUUGUCAAACACGCAUUUCUAAGAUGGAGCUUCAGCAGCAACAGCAGCAAGUGGUUCAGUUAGAGGGUUUGGAAAAUGCUACAGCACGCACUUUACUUGGCAAACUCAUCAAUGUACUGCUGGCCGUCAUGGCUGUUCUCCUAGUGUUUGUGUCGACUGUCGCAAACUGUGUGGUUCCAUUGAUGAAAACGCGAAGCCGUACACUUUCCACAAUGCUCCUUGUCAUUAUCUUGGCUUUUCUCUGGCGGAAUUGGGAAGCCAUGUCGCAUUACCUAGACCAAUUUGUGAUGCACCCCAGAUGACCUGCAGGGGGAGCUGUCAUUUAAUAAAGGGACUGGAGGUUGGGAACUUUAUGGGGAUGGAGACUAACGCUGUCUCCAUUGCACUUAGGACAGAUGGACAUGCCACAAGAUUGGUGGACGUGGGAAAAAUCCUGCAACCUCUUCUCUUUCACCGAAGGAGUGCAUUCGUUUACAUUUUAAAGACCUUUUUCUGUCAACAUGAAUGGUGUUGCUGAGUUUCCUUUUAUUUGUUGUGGGAAAUAAUGCAAAUUGUGUUGUUCAUUGUUCUUGUAAUUAUUGUUGUUAGGAUUGUUACAUUGAUGCAAUUUACUGAGUGUGGCGUUGCAUUGAAUUGAGUGGUUUUAAUAUGCACUGGAUGGAGAUCCUUCUCCUCAUUUUUAAUACAUAUUAACUGCUCUUUAACCUCCUAACUAUCUUUUUAAUCUUUUUUAUUUCUCACUUUCUACUAUGGUCUUUUUAUCUUAAUUUCCUGUGCUCAUCACUUCACUUUAUUUCACUCAACCGUUUGCUGCUGUUUGGACUUCACUGCAGUUGUUGCUGAAUGAAGGAAAAGACGGAUUCUGUCAGAGGUGUGCGUGCGUGCGUGCGUGCGUGCACGUGUGUGGUUUGAUUGAAUGGGCUUAAGUUUAUACUGGGCAAAAGAACCAGAACACUUUCAAACACGAGCAGGCCCAGACUGCUCUGUCUUCAUCACUGGCCUGGUCCCAUGCCCCCCACUGGCCUACCCAUAUAGAGGCACAGUUCCCUGGUAUAUGAACUAAACAAACAUACUUGAAGAGCUGGAAAUGCUCAAAGACUUUCAGUGCUUCCGUACUGUUUCUUAUAGCGACAAUGAAAUAGUCCUUUUUAGUUAUAUUUUUAAUUUUUUAAAUAAAAGGAAUAAACACGCUGUUUUAA